AUGGCUCCGGCUUCCGUCAAACCGGGCGUCAUCAAGGUCUUGUUACUAUAAGAAUUUUUUUUAAAGAUUAUUUGGGAAAUUCGGGAUUUUUUUGGUGUAAAAUGGACGUUUUUGGAGGAUUUUGAACAUUUUUACAGGAUUUUUUUGAAAAAUUUCCAGAAAAUGCGCGAUUUUUUUCAGUGGUAUUUUGAAGCUUUUGCGGUCAUUUUUCAUCAUUUUUUUACGAAAUUUUCCGAAAAUCGAUAGAAAAAUUUGCGAUCUUUUGGUGUAAAUUCGAAAUUUUUGAGAGUGAGCUUUUUUUACAGAGUUUGUUCCAAAAAUUUCUAGAAAAAUCCGCGAUUUUUUUCAUUUUUUUAUUUUUUUAAUUGAAUUUUUUUAGAGGUGAAAAAAAUGGCUCCACAAUUAUUUUUCGAGCUUUUGUCGCUUUGGGGAUUUUGAAUUUAAUUUUUGAAGCCCACUUCUCAAUUUUGUUAUUACAAUCGCUUUGAUGAUAUGAAAUUACACAAAAUUAUAGAGAAAAACUAUAUUUUUGGUCUUUUUCUCGUGGAAAUUGCAUGAAAUUGAGUCUUUUCAGGCUAUUUUGAGCAUAAUUAUAGGCUUUCCGAUUUUUCCAAGAAGAUUUAUUUUUGCCCUGAAAUGGCAGGUUUCACUCGUAAGGUUGUUGUUUAAGAUAGAAAAAAAAAAUAAUAUAUGAGCUCGUUUUUUUUGAAAACUUGAGGUGAAAUUUUCGAAAAAUCAAUUUUAAUAAUAAGAGUUCAGAAAAUGGCUCAGAAAGCUUCAAAAAAAGUAAUUUUCCGAUCCAAAAACGAUCAUUUUUGCAUGAUUUUUAGCGUUUUUCAAGUGAUAAGCUGGGAAUGUAUAGGUAAUAAAACGAUAAGAACAAGUUUUAUGGUUCUUGAGUUUAUUGCUGAUUUUUUGUCAAACGGAACAUUUUUAUCGGGGGUUUUUGAGGCAAAAAAAUAGGAUUUUGGGCAGAAAAAAAGGGAGUUUUUGAGCUUUUUCAAUGGUAUUUUUUUUAUGAAGGAGCUUUUAAUUUUGAAAUUUUGUUGGAAGGUGUUUGAAUAAAGAAGAAAAAAAUCAGUUGAUAAUAAUUUUUUUCGGAAGUUUUAGUAGUGCAAUAGAAAGUUGAGCAGGAAAAAUGGAAUUUUUUUAGCUUUUUUUGAUGGUUUUUUUCAUUGGUCAAAAAGCUUUCGAUAGAGAAGAAAGAUAGGAUAAAAAUAAUAUUUUUUUCAUUUCAAAAUGGCGUUUUCGAGCUUUUUUUAAUUAUUAUUUUUUGAAACUUUGAACUUUUCGAUAGUUUUUUUCUCAAGUGUACUUCAAAUGUUUAAAUUCAGUUGGAAGGACUUUGAAUAAAGAUGAAUAUCAGAGAAUUUUUAUAAUUUUUUUUCUUUGAAGGAUAAUUAAGUAAUUUAAUGAAAAAUUGGGGCAGUAAAAGCAAAUUUUUCUAGCUUGGAUUUUUUUCUUCUCAUUAAUUGGCUUUAUAUCUUCCUUUGGAAUGAUUGAGAAAAUAAUACUAAUUAUCAGUUUUAUUUUUAUGUUUAUGGUUGGAAAUACUUGAGAUAUAGCUGAUCGGCUGGCUUGAGCCAUCGGAAAAAAGGUUCCUGGCACGAUAAGAAAUGAGAUAGUGCUUGAUUGGUGGAGGGCGCAGACAGGCCACGCCCCUUAGCGUCCCAAGUUAUCCGUGAAUCGACUAUAGAGAAGAAAAAUCAGAUAAAACAAUGAUUUUUUUGGUCGUUAAGAUGAAAAUAUUGCAGGACCCAACGAUCGCCGCGUUAUUCAGCAAUAAGGAUCCGGAGUCGCGGUAUCAGGACCUCCGAGAGAUCGGCCAUGGCUCCUUCGGCGCCGUCUUCUUUGUAAGAUUGGGAAAAAAAUGAUUCUUUGUGAAAAAAUGAACAGAAAAUUUGAAAUGAGCUCGAAAAAUCUGGGUAGAAAUGGAAUUUUUUUGGUCGUUUUCAGGCUUAUUUUUUUGAGAAAUACGGCGCCGUUUUCUCUUCUUAUUUUUUUCAAUCAAAUCGUGAAAAAAAUUUUUUUUUGAAAACCAGCUGGAAAAAAUUCGUAGUAAACUCAGAAAAAAACUAGGUAAAAGGGAAAUUUUCGGACGUUUCUGGAUUAAAUUUGCGCUUUUGAAAAUUUCCUAGGCCUUUUUUUAUUUUUUUCAUUACUUUCCUAUGAAAAAAUUUACCAGGAAAUUCCUUUUUUUAUUCUUAAAAAGGACGAGAAAAAUAAGCUCAAAAAAACUGAAUUUAAAGAAGAUUUUUUUGACUGUUUUUCCGUCAUUUUUUUCUAUUCGAAUCGGAAGAAAUUUGACCUUUUCAUGGAAAAAAAGAGCAGGAAAGGCAGUAAAAGCUCAAAAAAAUCUUGGUAGGCAUGUGGUUUUUUUCACGAAUUUUUUUCUGGUUUUUUUAAAAUUGUAAGUUCUAAAUUUCGAUUUUUUUGAGAGCGAAAUUUAGAGAGCGAAAUUCAAAAAAACUACUUCAAAUUGUUGGAAACUUUUGGAAACUUUCAAGUUUUUUUCCAUAGAAAAUGGUUAGUUUUAUUUUUCAGGAAUUCAAAAAUUCACGAUUUCAGGUUAAAAUAAUUGGACAAUUGAAAGAAAAAAAUGCUGCAAGUGAAAAAAAUUAAAAAAAUUAAAAAAACAAUCUCAUUUUUUUCGAAUAUUUUUUUCAAGUUUCAGAGUUGUUUUCUUAAUUAUUUUUUUGAGAUAUUUUUCCGGAACAAGUCGGGAGGAAUUCAUUCCUUAGUUAUCCUCCAAAUGAAACGUAUGCUUGGCAGGCAUUCGACAAGUCGCGAAGCGAGACGGUCGCCAUCAAAAAGAUGAACUUCUCCGGGAAACAGGCGUCCGAAAAAUGGUCCGACAUCAUCAAGGAGGUCAAAAAUAAACCGCUUUUAUCCCCGGGGUUUUGAUGAACUCAGGAAAUGUAGAGGGGUCUCUGGAGGGGAACAUUUGAAGAUCCCUUCUAGGGAUUUUUUUUUGGCUAAAGUGGCCUAAACGUCUCCAUCUAGCUUUCUAAAUCAGAAAACAUCACUUUAGGGACCACUCAAAAUGUAGGUUCUUUCGGAGGGGUCCCUAGAGGGGCAAAUUUAAAGACCUUUGAAGGCCCCCUUUUAGGGAUUUUUCGCAAAAUUGGCUGCUCUAAAGGAGGGACGCCAGAGUGGUCACUAUAUGGAUCAAGGAGGUCAAUACAUCUGUUCUAUGGGGGUAUGAAAAACAAGAUUAGCGAAAUUUACGUUGGCGAACUAAUCGAAGACCGCAAAAUCGCGGGCGGUGUAUGCCACCGUGUAUGCAUACUGUUUGCGAAAAAAAUCAAUAAACACCUUUCCGACGGAACUUUUUCCGACUUUUUGCCUUUUUCAAAUUUUUUUGGAUUUCGUCACUCAUUUUUUUGUUUUUUUCUGUUAUUUCAUCUUUUUCAUCGCAUUAUGAUCCUUGUAUCGGAAAAAAAGACCUCAAGUUUUUGUUUGAAGUAAAAAAAUUUUUUUGGAAUAAUUUUUCGUCGUGAUGGCUGUUGGAACAUUGUUUAUAACAGUUUUUUUUCUGCGUUUCAAUUACAGAAUGAGUGAAGAAGAAAAGAGCUAUGAGAGAAACAUUGGAUGACAUGCUUGAUUACUUGAGUGACGCUGAUUCCUACAAAUCUGUAAGUUAUUGUUUUCGUUUCGGGCAACAUCAAAAUUUCCUAUAUCUUUCACAUUCUUCUCGUGUCAUUUCUUAUUUUUCCAAUUUCUUGUUUUAUUUCAUUUUCUUUCACCAUAGUCCAUAGAUUUGUUGUUUCCAAAUCUUUUUUUUUCAUUGACAUCGUUUCCUAUCGAUAAAUAUAUUGUUAUCGAGAAAAAAAUUAGGAACAAUGCGUACCAGAGGAUCAUAAUGCGAUGGAAAAAGAUGAAAUAACAGAGAAAAACCAAAAAAAUGAGUGACGAAAUCCAAAAAAAUUUGAAAAAAAGAGGCAAAAAAAGUCGGAAAAAAAGUUCCGUCGGAAAGGUGUUUAUUGAUUUUUUUGCGCAAACAGUAUGCAUACACGGUGGCAUACACCGCCCGCGAUUUCGCGGUCUUCGAUAAGUUCGUCAACGCAAAUUUCGCUAAUCUUGUUUUCAUACCCCCGUUCUAUGAUGGCACUUGGAUCCUCAGAGUGGUCCCUAGAGGGGCAAAUUUGAAGGCCCCUUUUUGGGAUUUUUUGCAAAAUUGGCCACUUUCGGGGAGCAUGUCAGGGGUCCCUGUACGAUCUUCUAGCUUUUAAAUCAGAAAAAUUCAAUUUAGGGAUUACUUAAAAUGUAGGGGCUUAGGAACGCCAGAGUGGUCCUAGAGGGGCGAAUUUAAAGGCCUUUGAAGACCCCUUUCAGGGAAUUUUUGUAAAAGUGGCCGCUAUAGGAGAGCAUGUUAGUGGUCCCUGUACGUCUCUUUCUAGCUUUCAACUGAGAUCAAAAAAAAAAAAAUCUAGAGAUCACUUUAGGGACUACUCAAAUUGUAGGGGCAUAGGAACGCCAGAGUGGUCCCUAGAGGGGCAAAUUUGAAGGUCCCUUCUAGGGAUUUUUCGCAAAAGUAGUCACUUUAGGCGAGAAUAUUAGGAGUAUGUAGGUCUAGCUUUCAAAUGAGAAAAGUAAAAUCUAAAGAUCACUAUAGGGACUACUCAAAAUUUAGGGGCUUCGCAAAACCAGAGUGGUCCCUAGAGGGGUCUCUGAGGGUCUCCCUUAACUCUUUUUUUAGUGUUUUUAACGAAAAAAUCCGUUUCCAGGUGACUUUUCUCAACAAAAUCAAACACGAACAUAUCGUCGUCUACAAGGCGUGCUUCUUGAAAGACACGACUUGUUGGGUUCGUUUUCUUUUCGAUUUACAAGGGAAAAAAUUUCGAUUUUUAAGGAAGUAUACUCUUUUUAACGUGGAGAAAGGAAGGAAAAAUCGUUUUUUGUGUACUUUUGCCGAAAAAAUUGAAGAAAAAAAGGUCUUUUAGAGCGAAUUUUGUAGUAUUUUUGUGACAUUUCAGUGUUUUUCGAACCAAAUUUUGAAUGGAAUCGACGGAAAUUAGGUAUUUAGAUAGUUUUUUAUGAAUUUUUGGCUGAUUUUGUGGAAUUUCUUGAAAAGUUUUCAGAAUAAAGGCCUUUUUAAGCGAAUUCUGUAGUAUUUUUGUGACAUUUGAAGUUUUUUCGAAACAAAUUUUGAAUACGAUUGACGGAAAUUAUAUAUUUAGAUAGUUUUUUUGUAAAGUUUAUUUGUUUUAGUGUCUAUUUAAAACACAAUUUUGAGCUCUUAAAGUCGAGAAUAAUCAUUUUUUUCUUUGAAUUUUUGCUCGAUAUUAAUAUUUAUUCUUCAGCUGGUCAUGGAAUAUUGCAUUGGAUCGGCGGCGGAUAUCGUUGAUGUUCUGAGAAAAGGCCUCCGCGAAGUGGAAAUCGGCGCCAUUUGUGCUCAGACCCUAGAGGUUUUCGAUUGAAAAUGAAGAAUGGAAAAUUUCUGAAGAAAAUCCGACAUUUCAGCUUAUUUUCAUUGAUAAAAAUCAGGUUUUCUCUGGUUUCUUGAGCUUGAAUAACAUUUUUUUUAUCCCCCCACUUUUUUCUUCUUGUUCUGUAAGCAGGAGGUCCUGAAGUUUUGCAACUUUUCAGCAAAAGUUCAAACUUUGGGGGCGGGGGGGUUUCGUUGAAAUUACAUGUGACGAGUUUUUAUACCGACAUUUUAGCUUAUUUUUUUAUUGAUUAAAAAUCAGAUUUUUCUCUGGUUUCUUGAGCUUGAAUUAGUUUGAAACUAUCCCCCAAGUUUUCCUUGUUUUGGAAGCAGGAGGUCUUGAAGUACUCUUUUUCACCCCCCUAAAUUUUUUUCCUUGUUCUGUAAGCAGGAGUUCUUGAAGUAGUACUACACUGAAGCAAAAGUUAAACCGAAGGGGGUAAAAACUUUUAACGUUCUUUAGUAAAAAUGAUUUUUGGCUGGAAACUUCAGAUGAAUAUCGAUGAUUUCCAGGCCCUGCACUACCUGCACUCCUUGAAGCACAUCCACCGGGACAUCAAAGCCGGAAAUAUCUUGCUAUCCGAUGCGGCCGUUGUCAAACUUGGUGAAUAUGAAAAACAUUUAGUAAAAUGAUAGGGAAAAGGCUUAAAAAUUGCGAAAGUAUCUUUUUUGCACCUUGAAAAUAGUUGAAAGUCUUUUAAAUUUGCAGAAAACCAACUUAAAACGUCAGAUUGAAAAAAAAAAAACAGAUUUUGUCCAUUAAUUGAUCAGCGAAGUAUCACACUUGAAUACAUAGACAACGACAGAAGGGUCGAAAAAGUCUCUAUAGUCCCUUUUUGCUGCCAUUUUGCGCCGUUUCCUGGGCUUUUUUGCGUUAUUUUUGCUGCCUCUCUCUUUUCCACCAUAUCUUGAGCCUUCAAAAUUCCAGAAAAAAAAUGGAAGGCCCCAUAAAGGGACUUAUUUUGGUGCCUUUAUGCGGCCAUUAUCCACCAUUCCGACUUUGCCCGAGACUGAACAGCAUCCAAAUUGGAUUUUAAUAAAGAAUUUGAAGAUAUAGACAAGAUUAGAACCUUUUUUUCUAUAAAAAAAUUCUGUUGGAUAAGAAUGAAUUCAGCGAUUAAUUUUCUUUUCUCAAGCCUCCAUUUUCCCAAAACCUGUACGAAACUUCAGUAAGAAGGAAGUUCGUUCCAUGAAUAAACUUAAAAAGUGUCAUUUUUGAGCUCAUGUGACAUUUUUGAUGGGUGACUUUGCCUUUAUGAAGUUAUCACUUUUUUUUUUCACACGUGCUUUUUUAAAUAAUUUUUUCCUCGUUUCAAAAUCAGUUUGAAAUCUUCUCAAAUUCUCCCUUUUUACGAUUUGCUAGAUUUUUUUUGCCCAAGUUUAAUUUAUAACAGUUUUAAACAACCCACCUUCUUAGGAAAUCCAGAGCGGUCCCUAUAGGGGUUAGGGGAACAAACAGCCCCUAUAGGGAACGAAAAAGUGGUCCCUAUAGGAGUUUCGUGGUUUGACCCCUUACGCCCAAAGCUCAAGUGGACCCUAUAGGAUCAAUUUCAUUCAAAAAACGCUUAUUUAUUCAGUUUUUCACAUGGAAAUGCUUCUUCACUUCGAGUUCAUAACAAUCAUCGACUAGCUUGUCCCCUAUAGGGACCAUUCUGGAGUUGCUAACUUUUUCUUUAUAGAAAAUGCAUUUUUCACUUCACGUCAACUUUUCUUUAUUGACCUUUAUCUCCUCUAUUUUGGUCAUGGAAGUUGGUUUCCCUACGUUUCGAAACGAAUCGAAAUAAGCAAAGAACUUCAUUGAAAAGUUAUUAACAGGCAAUUUCUCGCUGCAUUAAUAUGAUUUUCGUUGAUUUUCCCAUCAUUUUGAAGUGUGAAGACUUUAUUUUUUGGGACAUUAUGAUUUUUCAACUGUUAGGACACUUUUUUCGCUUAUCACUUUGAAAAGGUCCUAAGUAAAGACCUGAAAAAAUCACUUUUAGGAUUUUCAAAAGUGUUUUUUUAGGAAUUUUCAUGUUGGGCUAUGUAUUUAGACUUUUUCUUCAAGAAUUUUGAUUUUUAGGAAAUUUUUGUUAGCACCUUUUCAUCAUUUCUAACGUUGGGAAUAUUUUUUUUUGCAAUUUUUAUGUCUUUCUUUUCAGAUUUUCUAGAUUUUUUGCCUGAAUCCCUAACUAGAAUGAAGUAUUUCAUUCAGAAACCUUUUUAAGAUGGAAUAAAUUUGCAGCGGACUUCGGGUCGGCCUCGUUGAUCAACCCGGCCCAAACCUUCAUCGGAACCCCGUUUUUCAUGGCCCCCGAAGUGAUCCUGGCGAUGGACGAGGGCCAUUACACCGACCGGGCCGAUAUCUGGUCCCUCGGGAUUACCUGCAUUGAACUCGGUUGGUUUUGGGGGAGAUAUACAGCAAAAAUAGCGAUUUUUUGAGCUGAAUUUUGAGAAGAAAGUUUGAAAGAAAAAAAAAAUAUUUUUCAGCCGAACGAAGGCCGCCGCUGUUCAGCAUGAACGCCAUGUCCGCCCUGUACCAUAUCGCCCAAAAUGAGCCCCCGACCCUUGCCGAAGUCCCGUCGGGUCAGCCCGCCUGGUGAGGAAACAAAAUAAGGAAGAAAUACACCUAAAACACAAGAAAAAACACAGAAAAUUGCAGAAUUUUCGAAGAAUUGACAGCAAAAAUAUUGUUGAAUUUACAUUUUUACCCGAUGGCCAAAUCACUUGGUACUCAGGGACUCCAGAGUGGUCCCUAUAAGGGCCCUUGGAAGGUCCCCCCUCUGGACCACUUUACCAACCCCUAUAGGGGCCACUAGAGCUUGCAAAAGUGACCCCUAUAGGGGACGAAUGCUAUGAACUCCAAGCAAAAAACUAAAUAAAUAAGCGUUUUUGAGUGAAAUUGAGAGACCCCUAUAGGGUCCACUUGAGCUUAAGGGGCUAAGGAAACCCCUAUAGGGACCACGUUGAUUUUACCCGUAUAGUGACCACUUUUUCGUCCUCUAUAAGAGAUGUUUUCUGCCCUAUCCCUAUAGGGACCGAGCUUCAGGGGCUAAUGGGUCAGACCCUAAACCCCUAUAGGGAACAUCUUAAUUUUACCCCUAUAAGGACCAGUUUUUCCCAAUUUGAUUUUUCUUUAUUCUUUCUAUAAAUAAUGUCGUUGUAUGUCCCCGGAAUUUUUUUAAAUAAUAAUUUGUUUAUGCACAUCGGAAAAAUAGUAAAACGAAAAUAUACAGUUUAUUAAAAAAUAAAAGGCUUCUAAAAUGAAAUGAGUACAGCAUUUAUUCGAUUUUCGAACAUUUCAAUCGAAUUUUGUCAUUUUAGGUCCCCGGAAUUUGUUGAUUUCGUCGACCGAUGUCUGAGGAAACCGGCGGAAGAGCGAAUGUCCAGCGCCGAAUGUAAAAAGGUUCAUUUUUACCCCAUUUUUCCGUUUUCCAUUGAUUUUGAGCUCUCUCUUUGCAUUUCCCAUGAUUUUUCAUCUUUCAGCACCCUUUCAUCACCCGAAAUCGACCACGAGACGCCAUCCAUGAACUUAUUAAUCGAACCAAAUCCAUGGUUUUUUAUUCCAAUGAUUUUUGUGAUUUUGUUGAUUUUUAGGUAAUGGAAUUAGACAAUUUCCAGUACAAAAAGAUGCGAAAACUGAUGUAUUUGGACGAGGCUGAAGGAAGGGACAGUGAAACCAAUGGUAAGGGAAAUGGGACAUUUUUGAUGUUUUGAGAAGGCUCGAAAUUGAUAAAAGGAAGAAAAUAGACAUUUUUUGAAAUUUUGAUGUGAAUUUUGAGUUUUAAAUGGUAGAUUUUUGAAGUUUCUGAAUGGAAAAAUUAAUUUUUGGGCAAAAUUUCUGAAUUACUACUGAAAUUCUGAUCAAAAUCAAGUUUUUCUCAAAGGAGUUUCUUAAAUUUUCAAGGUUUUUGGAAUGUAAAAAUAGAACUAAAAAGGUUUUUUUAAAAAUUAAAAAAAUUGAUUUUUUUACAUUUUUUUCUAAGCGUUUUAGAAGCUUUAAUUAUACUUUCAGAUCAAAAAAUCAGAAGAAAAAAGAGAUUUUCAGGGGAAAUUGGGAUAAUUUUUUUGAGUUUUCUGAAAAAUUCUCAUGAUUUUUAGGCCUCCUCGAAGCUUUAUUCGAGGAAAAAAAUCUCAUUUUCAGAAAAAAAUAAUAGUUUUAACUAGGAAAAAAAGCCAGUAAAAUAAGGAGCUUUCUGAGAUUUUUAACUCAUUACUUUUUUUGAAAAAAAUGAUUAGUUUUGAAGCAGGUUGAAAUUUUUUUAGUAUAUUCAUUCCUUAUACUAAAGAUUUUUGAAGAAUUUAUAAAUCUAAAAACACUUUUUAUGACCCAUUUUCAUCAAACUCCUGACCGCUGUGUACAAUUUACUACCUUUUUGAGGGCUUUUUUUAAAAAUUAAUUUUAAUGAUUUUUUUGAUUUUCUGUUUUUCCCGCACUAAUGAAAUGCUGAGAAUAUUUGGUUUUUCUUGUCCUGAUUAUGUAUUUUUUUCAGUUUUUUUUAAUCUUUAUUCAAAGAUACCGGCUCUAUGAAAAUGUUUAUUUGGAACUUUCUUUACUUUUUAUUUCGUUUUUUUACAUUGAAAAAAAUGGGCAAACACAGAAAGGUGUUAAAGUUUUUGAAGCCUAAGAAAUACAUUUUUUUCGCGUUUUUGAAAAAGCUUUUUUGAAAAAAAAUUGAACUUUCUUCAGUUAAGUUGAUGAUAUUUUAAAGAUCGAAGUUCGAUUUUUUUCAAUUUUUUUAAUGAUUAUUAUUGUUUUUUUAAAUCCAAAAUAACUGGAUUUUGAGGGAUUUUUGAGCUUUUUUUCAGAAGUUUUUUUGAUUAAUUUUCAUUGAGCCGAAAGUUUCUGAAAGUAGAGAAAAAUAGGUUUUUUUGACUUUUUGGUUCUUUUUCGAUCGUUUUUUUGAUUUUCUAUUGAUAAUUUUCCCAAAAGGGUGGUGAUUUUUGAUUUUAUACAUUGACUAAAAAUACUUGGUUUUUCUUGUCCUCACUCUAUGACUUUCUUUGAGUUUUCUGUUCAGCCCAUUUUACAGAUUCCGGCUCGGCUCGAAUCCUCUUCGCCGGCGGCUCCGAAGACCUGGACGACAACGUCCCGGAAGCCUUGUCCCUCGGAAAAGGUCCUCAAAACGUCCUAUUUUCAGUCUUUUCCAUACAUCGGCUGGGCUCCUCACCUAGCCUUUGGCGCGUUUGAAAAUGUACUGAAGUAGGCAGCUCUUUUUUUAGGGGGAAGCAGUUUGAGACCCCCAGGGUGAGAUCCAGCCGACGUAUGGUCUUUUUUCCGAUUUUCCUCACCCCACUGAAAUUCUUUUCGAUUGACGCAUGUUUUGUGUUGACUUUCUGUGGCGUCACACGGGUGUUUGCAAAUUAUUCAUCUUUGGGCAAACUUUUGGUGGAAUUUUGUCUGGGGUUUUUGAGUUUGGGAAGGAGGGGAUCGAAAAAAGAAAAAAUUUACCUGGAAAAAGAGAAAGUGAGUUUUCAAAGAUACUUUUUGUCAAAACUCAAGUUUUAAUACUAAAAUGCUCUAGGAAAUUGUAAUUUAGUUGAUUUCAUAAUGGAAUAUUUCACUUUUGUACCUCAAAACUUUCAAAAAACGCCAUGCGAAGAAAACAGUUUUUUUCUUUGAAUUUUUUGGAUUUUGAAAAAAAAUCAGUUCAUUUUGCGCCUCGGAAUUUUAUGAAAGUCUCUUUGAACAUUCUCUGAAGCUCUAGAAAACGAUUCCUCGUAUCCGCUACCUUCAGAAAAUUCCAUUUUUUGAGCUAUGACUAUUUCAAUAAUUUUACUUUUUUCUCUCCUAAAACUUUUCUAGCCAAUCUUUGAGUUUUCCAAACCGCCAAGUUAAAUUCUUCCUUGUGAGGUUGGAACUUAUUUGAUUUUUUUGAAGCCAUCUUCCUGGGAGUGAAAGUAUUCUUUGAUAUUUGAAAAAAUUGGAAUCCCUUAGUUAUGUCGGAAAAGAUACGAAAAAAACGCUUUAUUGAUCAAAAAUUCCUGUUCAGGGAUUUUCAUUUUUCUGGAACUUUCUGGAAUCAUGAUGACUGUUAUUUGUAUCACUCUGGUGAAAAAAAAAUCCGUUCGAAGAAAAAUGCACUUAACUAGGGGUGAAAUUUUGAUGAGACUUGACUGAAAUGUACUUGAGGGCCUCUUGGUUCUAGAAAGAGGAAGAAAAAUCUCUCUUGAUUGGUUUGAUUUUCGAGGGUUUUUUUGUCAUAAUUUGCUAAUUUUGCAAUCUUAGAAGCUUCAUAAACGAAAAAAAAAGUCCAUAAAAAACGUUCUGUGGUUAGAAAGUUUCGAAAAGAUUGAGGUCCAAGGAAGUUAUGAGAAAAAACAAUUUUUUUUGAUUUUUGAAAGAAUGUUUUCUAGCUGGUGAUUCGACGAGCUCGCGGAGCAACUCGUUGGCCUCGUUCCGGUCGAUGCAGAGCAGCGGCGGCGGAGGUCUCGCCGUCUCGACGUCGACUACUGGCGGCGUCGGCGGAUCCUCCACCUCCGCUGUCCGGAAAAGACCGACCAUCCUGAACAGUGCCCUGACGAGAAGCGUCGACAUGACCUCCAGCUCCUCGCAGGUGGAAUAUCUCUCUUAAUUUAGAAGGAAAAAGGGGUAUUGGGCCAGAAGGUCUAGGGGUCAUGGAAAGGCUUAGAUUUCGAGAAAAAGAGCCAAAAUCUUGAUGAGUUCUCAGGAACAUAUACGGUAGCUUAUAAAAGUAAUCAAGUUUGCAGUUUUUGACAACUUUUCAAGUCUUCUUGUCAAAUUUCUAAUUUUUUCGACGAUAAUCAAGGUUUCUAGAUACUUUUUUCGUUGAAAGAAAAAAAAAUGAAGAAAUGUAUUUUUUUGAAAGGUGUAAAAAUAUAUUCAAGACCUAGAAGCCACGGGAAAAUCUCAAAAAUUAGAAUAAGAAAGAAGAAUUUGACAACGAAAUUUUUUUCGCCUUUAUUCGCAACAGUUCUCGAUUCCAAACACUUAGAUUUUAUGAAAAAUGGCUUUCCAGAAAGUUAUGCGAAAAUUAUCAAUUUCAAAAGUUUAAAUCAGACUGCAUUUUUGUGUAUAAGCUCAAGGAUUCUAUAGCUCGUUUUCACAUUUGAAGAUUCCUUCCAAUCCAAUUUUUUUCCAUGACUUGGGUCGGAAUUUCAAUUUUGACUGAUUUUGAGGUGAAGAAAUGAAAACUAUAACCCCAGUUUAUCUUUCUCGCUGAAAAUUGGUUCAAUUGUUUUUUAUUCAGUGGAAUCAAUAAGAGAGCUUUUUUUUUAUAACAAUGCAAUCCAAUUUUUCCAUUGAAGCGAACACCCCACUGACAGUUUUGAAUAUGAAACUUGGUUCCAUUGGUUGAUUCCAGGGACCGACGAUGAUCCCGGUGGGAGACGUCUCCCUGGGGACGAGCUCCCACGACGCCGACGAGUCGGAGAGAGACGACGCCAGCGGCAGCCGGGCGCCCUCUCCGCCCAUUGCUGUGACUGCCCGCGACCUCCAUCUUCAUAACCUCAGGGUGAAUGGGAGGGAUGACAUGAUGAAGAGAAGAUGAUCAGGAUUUUCUUCAGAAAGAAAACAUUUCUGACGACUUUUUCCUAGGAAAAAAAAAGUAAGGUGCUGAAAAAAGAUGAUUUUUGAUAUUAUUUUGGCGUUUUUUUGUCAGUUCUGCACGUUAUUUUUCUCAUUGGAGCGCAAUAUCAACAUAAUCCUAGGAAGGAACUCGGAAAAAUUUGGAUUUUUAAAUGUCAGCGAGCUUUUCGAAUAGUAGCUGGAAACAAACGUGGAUUGAAAAAUAGAUUUUUUUCGUAUUCUUGUCGACCUGUUAGGGACUUUACUCGUUGGGAACGUGGUUCUUGAUUUUGAAAAAAGAGGAGAUUACGAGAUUUUUAAGCUUGAGGGUAAUAGAAGUUAGGAAAACUCGCUGAAAAUCAAUUUUCGGAAUGAAAAAAGGAAAAGUUAAUUCUUAUAAUGGCAGUACUUUAUUAAGGGAUGGUUACUUUUUGCCUUUUUUUUCAAAAAGUUUUGCUCUAUUUCUCCGAAAAAUUCUGGAGAAGCGAGUAGAAGUAUACAAAAAGCAGAACAAAGAAGAGCAUAAGAAAAAUAGUUUUUUUCAAAAAGAAAAGAAAGGAGAAAAAAAUAGAUUUUUUUGGAAAUGACUGAUUAUUUACCUGCUUUGAGCCUUUUUUUCGUGAAGUUUUUUUCAAUAAUUUAUCACAAAAACAAUAAGCAGAACUGAAUUUUCCUCUUUUUCCACUUUUGAGCCCCAUUUUUUGUCGCUAGAAGGCUUUUCUUUUCUGAUUUUUGCUCCUUUUUCCUUUUUUUAUCUCGGAAUAUGUUUCUCAAAGCAAAAAAAGUUGUGAGUGAAUUUCGAUUGAAGUAAAAAGAGCAUUUAGAAAGAAAAAUUUCCAAAUUUGAAUCGAGAAAAAUUACAUUUUUAGCGGAAAGGGAAUAAAAAAAUCCAUUGAAAGAUGAGUUUUAAAUUGAUUUUUUUCGGAUUUUUUUGCGUAAAAAAAUAGGUUUUUUUCGAAAGAAUAUUAAUGGAAAGUUUAUUUUUUUUCAGUCAUGGAUUGAUUUUUGGUUGAAAUGUACUUCCUUUUUUUCUGUUCUUUCCAGGAUUAGAAAAAAAUUAUAAACAGAAACGAGGAACUUUUUUUCUGAGGUCAAAGAUUGAUUCUUUUUUGGGCCUUCUUGUUUAUAAUUUGAGUGGAGAGAGGGGGACUUUGGAUCAAGUUUCAUUUUUUUCUGACAGUUUUUCUUUUUCAUCAUCACAAUGAGUUUUUUUCACACCAUCUAGUGAAUUUUUUUAAAAGCCUUUUUUUCUUUUUUUAGGCUUUUUUUCUUAAAUUUCAACACGGAGAUUUCAAAAAUAAAGCUAUUUCGCUCAUAAUUAUGGUUUUAAUGUUUCAAGGUUGAUUCAAAUCUCUGAAAAACCUUUUUCAAGGUUUCGUAAUAAUUUUCGGAUUGGGAAGUUAGGCCGUGACUUUUUGGAAAUUUAGACCAUGUAUUUGUGAAAUACGACCUUGAUGAUAAUUAAGGCGUUAAUUUGUUUGAUAAUAUCAGUUUUCUUUCAUUUUUCUUCCAUUCCUAUUAGUUUCGAGUGCUUAUCCGCCAAUGAGCAAUCUGCACGACAAAUACAAAAAAAAAUCAAAAAAAACUAAAAUAAUUUUGAGACGAAAAAAGCCUCGAUCCCUAUUUUCAACUCCUAUUUUCAGUUGUUCAUUCAAAAAAUGACUAUCUUUCAACUUUUCAACGAUUUUUCGGAACUUUCUCCCAUUUUUAUUAUCUAUCCGUACACUAAGAAUAACUGACGAGAUAAACGCGAGCUCGGUGGCGGUACAUUGACUAACUCGCAAAAAUGUCGCUUUUUUCUAGGCGCGAUCCAGCAUUUCUCUCGGCGCGACCUCGCAUUUUUCUCGGCGCCAUCUCGCAUUUAUCUUGCAUUUCGGAAAUUUUCAAAUUGCGAGAGAAAUGCGAGCUCGCGCCUAGAAAAGUGCGAGCUGGCGCCCAGAAAAAUGCGAGACCGGCGCGAGAAAAAAAGCGAGAUGUUUGCGAGCUCGUCAAUGUACCGCCAGUGUCUCGCGUUUAUCUCGGCAGUUAUUCUUAGUGUAGUCUCAAAUUGUCUCUAUAACUUUACCGUUCCAAUCGAAAAUCAAUAUGUAAUUUUUGCAUUGCUUUUUGUUACGAGUGCCUCAAUGGAUUUGCACGGUUUAUACGGUAGUUAUUUGGAAAGUUAGGCCGUCAUUCUUAUUUGUGAAAUACGACCUUCAUGAUUAUUAGAACGGUAAUUGUUUCGUUUUUCUUUCUUUCUUAUAGUUAAUUCUAUUUAUAAUUUUUCUUGUUUCUGUUUUUUUAUGGGUUUUUAAUUUCCUUCACUUUGUGUCAAAAAAAUCGAAUUCCAAAUAGAGAAUUGAAGAAAAAUAAAAAAAUCAAUAAAUAGGAAAAAAACGGAGAAUUUUUUAACUGUAAGAAUGGAAGAAUAAUCAACGUAUUAAUCGAAGGUCGUAUUUCACAAAUGGAAAUGAUGGCCUAACUUUCCAAAUAAUUACCGUAUGCACCAUCCAAACUCUUAUAUGACACGACGUAACAAAAAGCUAUGUGAAAAAUAUAUUAUUACUUUUCGAUUGAAACGGAAAAGUUAUGGAGACGAUUUGAGACUACGAAUUGCUAAUAAAAAAAUAAAAGAGUUCUCAAAAAAAUCGUUGAAAAAAAUGGAAAAAAAUACUCAUUUUUUUGAAUCAAAAACUGAAAAAUAGGAGUUAAAAAAAUAUGAACCGAGAAUUACACAAAAAGGUUAUUUUGAAAUAAAAAAAGGCGCACUUAAAUCGAAAAAUAUCCCUUUUUUUGUUUUAUAGAACAAAUUUUUUUAAUUAUUCAGAAGCCUAACUUCCAAGCUUCAAUGAAACUUCUGCUGGGAAUUUUUUUCAAUCGCUUCAGUUUUGUCCAAAUGAUAAAAAAAUAUACAGACUUUUUCCAAUCAAAAUUGAUCUUCAAAAUGUUUUUCAAUUCUUUACUGUUUCAAAAUUGCUCAAAAAUUAAAAAAAUGCUUUUUUUCAGGGGAGUUUAUUUUUUUUCCGUAGAAGGCAACUGUAUUAAUAUGAAUCAACUGAAAAUCAGUUUUACCAGCUUUUUCAAACCGAAAAAUGGUUUUAAAAAGUUUAAAAUUUAAGAUUUGAAAAAUUUUUUUGGCUUUGAAGACGUUUUUAUGCUGAAUUUCAACCGUAAACUUUGAAAAACAACGACGAAUAUUAUUUCAAAGGGCUUUUUUUCACCUUUUUUUAAAAAAAGGAUGUAAAUUUUUUUGUUUUGAAAUCAGUUCAAAAUCAUAAAUUUCUCUUCUUAUCACGGUUUGCUAGAUAUUUUUUUACAUAAAUUUAACCAAGAACAGUUUGAAAUAACCCACUUUUUUUUUUGAAAAUGAAGUUUUCACUUCACGUCAAUUUUUUUUUCAUUGACCUUUAUCUUCUCUAUUUUGGUCAUGGAAGUUGGUUUCCAUACGUUUCGAAAUGAAUCUAAAUAAGCAAAUUAUUUUAUUCAAGUGUUGUGAAAGCGCAAUAUUUCCUUGAUAUAUUUAUAUAAUUUUCGUUGAUUUAUCCAUCAUUUUGAAGUGUGAAAGACUUUCUUUUUCAGGACUUUAUCUUUCAAUUGUUAGGAUUUAUUUUUUAAUGGGAAUUUUCUGUAGGACACUUUCCUUUUUGGGGAGGAUUAUACCUUUUUUUCAGACCUUUUUUGUUGAGAAUUUUUUCAGGUCUUUACUUAGGACCUCUUCAAAAUGAUUACCGAAAAAAGUGUCCCACAAACAAUCUCAUCAAAAAAAUAUUAACAGUUGAAAGAUAAAAAGGUCCUGAAAAAAAAAGUCUUCACACUUCAAAAUGAUCGAAAAACCAACGAAAAUCAUAUUAUUGCAGCGAGAAAUUGCCUGUUAAAAACUUUCGAAUGAAGUUCUUUGCUUAUUUCGAUUCGUUUCGAAACGUAGGGAAACCAACUUCCAUGACCAAAAUAGAGAAGAUAAAGGUCAAUAAAAAAAAUUGACGUGAACUGAAAACUUCAUUUUCAAAAAAAAAGUUGGUUAUUUCAAACUGUUCUUAGUUGAAUUUAGGCAAAAAAAUAUCAGAUUUCGAAAAAAACAUCCUUGUUUAAAAAAAGGUCAAAAAAGCCCUUUAUAAAAAAAUUCGUCGUUUUAUUGAAAGGUUCCGGUUGAAGUUCAGCAUAAAACGUCUUCAAAGCCAUAAAUUUUCAAAUCUUAAAUUUUAGACUUUUGAAAGCAUUUUCGGUUUAAAAAAGCUGAUAAAACUGAUUUUCAUUUGAUUCAAUUUAUUUUUCCAGAAAAAAAGUUUUUUUGUUUCUAAUUUUUUUGGGGUUGAAUUCAUGAAUUUCUUGUUGGGAAUAUUUUUUUGAACCUUUCAUCAUUUUUACUGUUAGAAAUCUCUUUUUUCAGACUUUUUUUAAGACCUUUUUUCGGUCUUUGAGACUUCUUCAGUAUAACAGUUGUUAGUAUUUUUCUCCAGUACUUUUUUUAUCUUUUCUCAAAAAAGUUUCUUUUUCGGCUAAGGAGAACCUUUUUUCAUCUUUCUAACUGUUAAUCCUCUGCAGGAAGAAGUGGCGACGAUCGGAAAAUCCAAAUUCUCGACACUACGCUCGGCGAAACUGAUCAACCGCGAACAAGAGGAAUACAACAAGGAGAACAACAUGCACGAGCAGAUGAGCGGAUACAAACGUCUCAGACAGCAGCACGUCAAGGAGAUCAAGCAGGUCAGAGGGGAGAAAAUUGAACAAAAAAAAAUGAGAAAAUGUCGUUUUUCGACAACUUUGGGAUGAGCUCUAGGAAGUUAUAACAGUUCGUAAAAAGUCAUUUAUUAACUUCGAUUUUUUUAAAUUUCUGUACUCACUACCCAAGAGACACCUACUUGAAAACAUUUCCACCGCUACUUUUUUCUGCCCUUUUGAAAACUAUCGAAAAAAAUGUGGCUUACGUUUCAAAUCCACAAGAAUUGGCUACAUUUGAAAAUUGUGGGAAGGAAAGAUUCAAUUUUGCAGUGCGAAGAGCGGUGUACACAGGAGCGCGACGUCCUACGGGUGAAGUUGGACCGGGAGCUCGAGCAGCUCACCAAUACCUACGGCAAAGUAAUAUGGACCAUAUAAGGAAUAAUGAUACUUUUUUUUAUUUUUCAACUUGUGGGAAAAUUAACAGGGUUAGAUAACAAAAUUUAAGAACGACGGUGCGAUUUUCAAAAAAAAAAGAAGACCAUUCAACUUUUCGGUUGGGGAUUCCCUGCAACUUGGCCAGAACAUUCCUUGAAGUACCAUAAGAAUGCCCUAGAAGUCCCAAUCUGUGCAAGUUCCCAGUUUUCGAGAAUUAAGGGUUCAAAGUCCCUAAAUGGCCUACUUUAACGGGUUCUGAGGGUUUUCGUUGAUUUGGUUCAUCAAGGGGUGUGCUCGCCGUUUUUUAAGGAACUCCCAACCACAUAGUGAAAUCAAUUUUGUUGUUAGAUCAGUGAAAUAUUACGUUAUGGAUGUAAUAAGUUUGAAAAAAAACCUUGAAAAGCUUUUUUUUUUAAACUCUUCUUUGAAGGAAAAACAACGGGUCAAAGUGGCGCACCAGAACGAGUUGGACAAGAAAAAGCGGGAGAUCGAGGAAGGCGAGAGGAAGCUCCGGAAACAGACGGCGGUGAUUGGAUAGAAAUGAUUGGUCAAUAAAUCGAUUUUCAGUCCAAAAAUCAACAAAUGAUGCGGGUUUUCGCGACGGCGCAACUCAAGGAGUACAAACACAACAAGGAGAUUCAGAAGGAUGUUGGUGGUUCUUUCAGAAAAUAAUCAAAAAAGCUUCCAAAACAUUUUUUAUCCCAUUUUUCAGCGCUUCCGAACGAUGAGCAUGUCGAGAAGUUCCAUGGAAACGGCCAUGAAGGAGGUGAAGGCGCAGCUGAACCGACAGAGGGAGCAGCUCGAGGCGGAGUUCGAGACGAAGCAGCGGGCCGAGGCCGACGACGAGCUCGUCCGAUACCGCCGAUCCCAGCUCAGUCGACUCCACAGCCUCGAGGAGAAGCUCGAGGAAGAUGUUCGUCGGAUUUUCCUUAGAAAGGAUAAAAUGCCUCUACAGUCUGUUCAGAUUUUGAAUGUCAAGUGCAAUGACGUCAUUCAAAAACACUCUCUGAUUGGUUUAUCGCGCCAUUAGGGGCGGAGCUUGAGCGACGGCUUGACAUUCAAAACCUGAACACACUAUAGGCUCAAUAUGAAACCAAACUGUUUUUCAAGCCAAAGUUGGAAGUUUUUGUGAAAAGGCCUGACGGAGAAGAAAUUAACUUUAGAUAAGCCAAAGCUUUAAGAAUUUUUUUGCCGGUCUUUCGAGAGAAAAAAAAAUUUGUAGAGUAAAUUGAAAAAAUUAUGAUAUAGCUGAUUCACGGCCAGCUUGGGACGCUAAGGGGCGUGGUCUCUCUGCGCUCUCCACGAGCCAGGCACUAUCUCCUUUCUUAUCGUGUCAGGACCCUUUUUUCGAUGGCUCAAGCCAGCCGUGAAUCAGCUAUAUACAGGAUAAUAUAGGCGUCAGAAAAGCAGAAAAUAACAAAACUGAAAAAAAGCUAAAUUAUCUAAAAAAGCUUGAUCCUUAAAGUUGGCUUUUUUUCGGAAAAAUCGAAGCAAAUAAAUGGAUCUUUCAAGCUUCUCACGAAAUUCUGCCUUUUUCAAACUUUUUAUAGCCUUCGAAGACCUAAUUUUUCAUUAAUAUAAAAUGUAGAGAGAUUUUUAGCUCGGCCUCCUUGAAAUCCUUAAGAAAGAUUUGGGCCAGAUCUUUCGGAAAAAGAAGGAAAAGAAGAUGUAAAAAUAAUGAAAAGCCUCAAGAAAAGUUGAAAAAUAGGAAGUCAGACGUUUUGAGCUCGAAAGUUGGUAACCUUUCUCUUAGAACAAAAUUCAAAAAAGUCAUUUUAUCUGAAGAUAUCCUUGCAGGACAUGAACAUCCAAGAACGACAGAUGGAAACGCGACAGGCCUUGCUGAUGAAACAGCACGAAAUGACCCGAAAUCUCGAAAUCGAACACCUCACCGAGCUUCACGUCCUCAAGAAGAAACAUCAAGUUUAUAUUGAUUUUUAGAAUUAAUGAAAAGAAGCUUGAAAUACCUUAGAAGUCAAAGAGAAUUAUGUUUUUUGCAGUAUUUUAACUAGAAAACGUUCUUUUUCUCACUUUUUGAAAUUUUUUAGAUUUUUCCAAAGCUACUUUUCUUUCAGGACGCCCAGUACGAAUCCGAAACGGCCAACCAGAACGAGUACACCCGAAGGUUGACCGAAGAGUUGCGGAAAAAACACGCGCUCCAAAGUCGACAGCAGCCCAGAGAUCUCAAGGUUUGAAGAAAUUAGCCGUGGAGCGCGAAAGCUUGACGCGAAAAAAUAGCCUUUUACUGAAAGCAAUAAAAACAGUCCACUGGGAAAAGUUUUGAAAAUCUCUCAAAUUUCCUCCGAGAACAGUUCUUAGAUAUUUGUGGCCUGAAAAAGUACACAGGUUAACCUUGCCAGAAAUCCUCAACUUCUUGUAUAUUUUUGAGGUUUUCCACUUACCUGAUAAUUGCUAGAUAAUUUCAACUCGGUCAAAGAGAAUUUUCAGCUGAAAGAGCAACAAAUCCGGAAACAGUACCGACAGGCCGUCAAAACCCAAACCCGACAGUUCAAACUGUGGCAGACUCAGCUGCUGCAGUCGGUCGCCAGAGAGGAGCAGAAGGAGGUCUCCGCCAGGCUCAAGGAAGUGAGCGCGAUUUUUGGGAGAUUGACCUCGUUAAUAAUGAGUAAGAAGCAAUAGGAAGAGUAUGUAAGGAUCCGAGUUGAAAAAAUAAUGGUGCGCGAUUUUAGAGGGAAGGUGCACGAUGUCAGGGAAAGGGGCUUUAAGGGAAGAAAUCGAACGUAUGGAGGCAAUUAUAAAAGCAAUAAAAAGAGUUCCUAGAAAUCUGAUUACAAAAAAAAGAGGGAGGGUGCGCGAUUUUUGAGGGGUGGUGCGCCAUUUCUAGUGGAUUGAUACCAGGGGAACGGAGGGUGGCACGAUUUUGGAGAGGACCAGUUCUUGAUAAGGAGAUGAAGCCUUUAAAAGUUUCCUUUAGGCUCUAAAAACGAGUUUUAAAAAAUCUGCGGGUUUCGCGCGAUUUAAACGAAUCGUGUAAGGAAAAAAUUUUAAAAAAAACUGAGUUAUGAAAUUUCUCGAAAAAUUUCCUGGCUUCAAACAAGGAUAAAAAAAUUUGAAAUAAAACAAUUCUUGUCAAGCUUGUCACGAUUAGCUUAAUUUUUUUCAAAAUUACAGGAACAAACCCGCAAAUUGGCGCUCCUCGGCUCCCAAUACGAAAGUCAGAUCAAGAACAUGGUCAAGGAAACGACGGUUUGUUUGGGAAAUUUCUAAAAAUAAGACAUAUUUUCACUCAGGAAACAACUCAAUUCUUGUAUGUUAAUGGAAAUUUUACCUGCAAUUUUUGAUCUAUGGGAUUACAGGUGAAGCUGGAGUCGUGGCAAGAAGACGAAGCCCGAACUCUGAGAGAGAAACUCGCCAUGGAAAACGAUCAUUUGAUCGAGUGCCAACAGAAGCAGCUCGUCACCCUCAACGAUCAGAUCGCCAAGGUUUGAAAGAGGGUAAAGAGAUUAAAAAAAUGAAAAAAGGUAGGAUAGAAGGUUUUUGGAGCAGUUUUUGAGUUUUUUAGUGGUUUGAAAGGCUCUGACUUCCCUCGGGGGAUCACUUAGCUUUCUAAACUCUCAUAGCUUGAGUUAGAAAAUUUUUCAUGUUUCACUGAUUUUUUAUUUCAAUCAAUGAGUGUUUUGAGUGAUUAGAUGAAUGCAAAAGGUGAUUUUAAACUCAAUAGACUUGUUGAAAAAGAAACGAUUCGUUGGAUUCCAGGAGCGGGUGCACCUGGAGCAGCGGAUCAGCACCCGGCGAGCCCUUCUCGAGCAGCAGAUUAAGCGCGAACGGGAGGAACUCUCGAAAGUGCGGCGGAUUCGGCUCGAAGCCCUCCACGAACGGCACGCCGAUGAGCGGCAGAGACUCGAGAACAGCUUCCUUCGGCUACAUCAGCAGCAACGGCUUUGA